CCCUUUAAGAACUCUCCCUCGCCACGUGAUGCGGGCCCGUGCGUCACCCGGGGCAAAGGGCGCCUUGUUGCUAUGGAGACGCGCCCUCAUGGCGGCCACAGUCAUGAGGCCAGUGCCAAUGAGAUGGAUAGUACCUUGCCAGCAGUAGCAGAAGAGCUUUUGAAAGAGAUCAAAAAGGCUUUUCAGGAGACCUCACACGUCCCUGAUGACCUGCUGCUGGGGCUGAAGUUCAUAUUUGGCCCAUCUGCUGUCCCAGCUUUAGAUUUGGUGGAUCAGCGUUCUGUCACCCGAGUCGUGUCCCCCAGCGGAAGGACUGCAUACCAGGUCCUUGGGAGCUCAGGCAAACUCUACACCUGCUACAGUUCCUGCCACUUCUGCACGUGUCCUGCUUUUGGUUUUACUGUAUUGCAGAAGAGCGAGAGCCUUCUGGAAUUCUGGCUCAUAAGAGGCAUAUGAAAGGUAGCAGUCGUGGAUGCUGAGCUGCAGUGCAAGCUGUCACAUACCAGGAUGCGUUGCAAAUUCCUCCCAAUGUCUCUCCAUUCAGUGGAUUGAACCCAGGUAACGACGGUGGUCGCUGCUGUGACUACAGAGAAUGGUCACAAGUGGUUGCUGAGCUACCAGCCAGAAGAGGCCAACGUGAAAUUAGGGAUAGUUCGCUGCUCUAAAAUUGUUCACUAACUAACUACCUUGUUAUUGCCUUAAUACACUUAUUUGGUGGGACACUGCUUUAAGUUAACAGAAGUUAAGCAUGUGCUUAAAAAUAAAGUGCAUGCUCAUUACCAGA